UCUGACCACAGAGAGAGAGAGAGAGAGAGAGAGACUCCUCAUUUGGACUAAAUCCUGACAAAUUUCUCGGGGAAAGCUUAUAUUUUGUCACACACAGACUUACUGAAUACUGAAAUUAGUGCUGAAACAUUUCCGCGUUUUUUCACAAUAUAAUACGAUUUGCCGAUUUGUUAAGGAAUAAUAUAUAUAUUAUCUUUUGUUGUGGAACGUUUGAUCGAGAUUUUGUUGCUACCCGGAGCGUUUAUUUUAAGGCGCAAGCUCAGGCUGCUAGGAGCGCUGUAAACAGAAGCGCGGUUACAUAUAUAUAUAUGUGUGUGUGUUUUAUAAAAAGUAUAAAGCAGAGUUUUGUGAAUAUAUUUUUUAGUUAUGUUUAAGAAUACGUUUCAAAGCGGCUUCUUGUCCAUUUUGUACAGCAUUGGAAGCAAACCUUUACAAAUAUGGGAUAAGAAGGUGAGAAAUGGACAUAUAAAGCGGAUUACAGACAACGACAUCCAGUCACUGGUGCUUGAGGUGGAAGGAACCAAUGUCAGCACGACCUACAUCACAUGCCCUGCAGAUCCAAAGAAAACCCUGGGCAUCAAACUUCCCUUCCUGGUCAUGAUCAUCAAGAAUCUGAAGAAAUAUUUCACAUUUGAAGUUCAGGUGUUGGAUGAUAAAAACGUGCGGCGGAGAUUCCGAGCCAGUAAUUACCAGAGCACCACACGGGUGAAGCCCUUCAUCUGCACCAUGCCCAUGCGGCUGGACGACGGUUGGAACCAGAUCCAGUUCAACCUGUCCGACUUCACACGGAGAGCUUACGGCACCAACUACAUCGAGACACUGCGAGUACAGAUUCACGCGAACUGUCGCAUCAGAAGAGUGUACUUUUCUGACAGACUGUACUCGGAAGACGAGUUGCCGGCCGAGUUUAAACUCUACUUGCCGGUACAAAACAAAGCUAAGCAAUGACGAGGCACAUCUCAACCCUUCCUUCAUUCCAAACCUUUUUCCUCCCUCACCGGUUUUCCAUCCAGUCACAUGACUUUGUUUCGUUUAGUAUAGUUUUGCCCCUGUAUGUUUUUAGGCAGUGUAAGAAUAAAAAUGUUCUAUUACUGUAACGUGUACCCGGUGUCGAACACACGAAAGACGUCAUUGGCUUGACCAGCUUUAUUUCUGAACCGGAACAUCAGCUGCCACAAUGGAGUCAGUGCACCAGUAGGACCGUAGAGUUGUGUCUUUAAUUCCACAUUCGUUUUCAAACCUGUUCCAUGGUUUACGGUAAAGGUCACGGGCCGAAAAAUAGUGGUAUUUAUAGAAUUAUUCUGGUCUCCUCUCACUAAAAUAAACCUCUUAUAAAACCUAAUCUGUAUCAAAAAAUGUAAAGUGGAAAAGUCUGGAAUAGAAACACUGAUUUAUAUAAUGUUUCAAUCUUUCAAUUAAAGUCUAUUAAAUUAUCUUACAAAGUCA